GUUGACGGAAUUUGCGCCAUUUUGUUUAGUGUGUGCUUGUGAGAAGAGCGUCUUUUUCUGCACGCUCUUAUCGUUUGUUACCUUAAGUUUUUAAAUUAUAAACAAAAUGGUCGAUAAAGUGGAUAUGAGUCUAGAGGACAUAAUAAAAUCGAACAAACCAGGCGGCCGUGGACGAGGUGGAAGACGCGGGGGUCCCGGUCGUGGGUCCCAAGGUAACAGGGGCCAACGCAGGGGCGGAGGCGGAGGCGGCGGCGGCGGAGGCAAUUUCAGGAGAACCGGCGGUGCAGGCGUACAGAGAGGCCGUGGCAGAGGAGGCGGAAUCUCGCGCACCUUCACACGGGGAGACGUUAACGGUGCUUGGAAGCACGAUCUGUUCGAGGGCUAUGGCUCUCGCAAAUUGGCGGUCGCGCGCGCGACCGUCCAAGCCACUAUGGGGCCCACAAAACUCAUGGUGUCCAAUUUAGAUUUUGGAGUGUCGGAUUCCGACAUCCAAGAGCUUUUUGCAGAGUUUGGGCCCCUUAAAAGUGCCGCCGUACACUAUGAUAGAACAGGGCGAUCUCUGGGAACAGCAGAUGUAAUAUUUGAAAGAAGAAAUGACGCCAUCAAAGCUAUGAAGCAGUACAAUGGAGUUCCUUUGGACGGUCGGGCAAUGAAUAUUCAACUUAUCACUAAUGAAAUACCAGCGCCGCCAAGAAGAACAAUAGGUGGAGGAGGAGGAGGUGGACCAACAGGUGGCACCAGAAGAUUCAACAGAAGCCCUAGGGGAGGCGGUAAAGGUAGACCUCAAAGAGGUAGAGGUAGAGGUGGCAGCCAAAGAAACCAGCAACGCAAACAGCCCACAGCUGAAGAACUAGAUGCAGAGUUAGAUGCCUACUGCAAAGAAAUGAAGUAGAUUGAAGUUUUAAGUUAAGCAAAAAAGACUCCUAAGUUUUGUUACUAAGAAUUUAGUAAUCGACAAGUACACCACUCUAACAUGUUUCUUUGUGUGAAAAUUACUGUGUGUUGAAUUUUUGUGUUUAGUUUAUUUCAAACUUAUUUCUGACAUCAAUAUGUGAUUAUAAGAUCAUGUUAAAAUUUUAUUGAUAUAUUUGUACAUUUCCUUGAAUUUCAUGAUUAAGUUAGUUCACAUGCUAAUUAUACUUUUAAAUAAAACUAUUUUAUUGGC